AACUGUAGCCCACCGGGCCGUAGAGCUAAUUUAACAUAUGAACAAGACGAAAUACUGGCAAAUGUCAAUAAUAGGAGUCAAGCGAGCGGCUUGUGAGGGAUCAGAGCUCUGAGACUGGCUGGCGGAGCCCCGUUAAGACGCACAAGCGGAUUAGGACUCGCGAGCAGGUGCCUUUGUUGGCUCGCGCCGUUGCUAGUGGAGACCCGCAGUAGCGUGACGCGCUUCUUUAAAACUGAAUGCCUCCAAAUGAGCGUCUCUUCCGCAAACGGGGAAUAAAACGCGCUUGACAGUUCUAGGCGUUUUGCAAGUUCCGGCACCAUGUUCUACGGUUCCUCAUCUGCCAGCAUGUCUCUGCCAUCCAAGAACCGUCUGAAGCGUCAAAAUCGCACUUUUACACAGGUUCUGUAUCGGACACUGAGUUAUCAGGAUCGUCGUUCUGUUACCGACCUACCUGAGCAGGUACGGGAUGAUCCAGCUGAGCUUUCCACCCAAUCAACUGCACCAGGUGUGCUGAAGAUAUUUGGUGAUGAAAUCAGCGCCGGCGCUAACUACAAAAGCGUUCUUGCCACACCUCGUUCCAGCGCCCAAGAGUUGAUCAAAGAGGCGCUUGAGCGCUAUUCUCUAAACAAGGCCUCAGCCUGCAGCUAUGUGUUAUGUGACGUGAUUGGACGGUUUGAGGGCCCAGAUCGAAGGUGGCGGACUGAGUGCCUUCGGGCACUAGGGAACAACGAGAAACCCCUCCUCUUGCAGGACCUCUGGAAGCCAAAGGAGGGUUAUUCUCGCCGAUUUGAGCUCAGAAGAAGAGCCGAGGUUGAGGAACUGGCAGCAAAAGAGAAGGACACAGUCACUGCAGAUAUCAAUGCUCAAGCAAGGAAGCUGCAAAGAAACCGUGCUAAAGGUACAAUGACACUCCAGCACAGCUCCUCAUUUUGCCGCAGCCUCAGUGAAACCAGGCUUAACUUGGUGGGUCUGCCUGGUGAGGAACCUAAACGGUACUACUCCACCCUCCCAGGGCCAAUCAGAACACGCUCCGCACGAGAUGCAGAGACCCGUAAAGAACGAGAUGGGGGUGGAGUUAAACACUCACUCUACCAAUCACCACACUUGCUGCUCCUUCAAGGGUACAACCAACAGGAUUGUCUGGUUUACCUUUUGAAUCGAGAGCAACACACAGUUGGUCAGGAAACAGCAUCAGCACGGCCAAAUAUCUGCCUGUCGUCUCCGGAUGUGCUUCCACUUCACUGCCGAAUACGUCGUGCAUCGCAACGGCGCUCUUCCUCAGACCAGCAGUUACUUUUGGAGCCUGUCGCCCAUGGCAGUGUGCUGGUUAACUUCAUGCGUAUUGAGCGGCCCACUCCACUACGUCAUGGGGAUUUGCUGUCCUUUGGUGCUCAUUACAUCUUCCUGUACAAAGAUCCACUAAGUGCGAAACCACUUCCUGCCCAAACUCUCACUCGACUCCGAGCGCUGGCACGACUAUGCGAUAGUGAGUCGGGUGGUUUGCCUGAGAAAGGAGAGGCAUGUCGUAUGUGUGGGGCCGUAUUACAUGAACCCGUGGCAUCUAGGCGCAGCUCUAAGGCUCCUGUGCGAAGUGCACAGAAACGAAAGCUCAUGCUGGAAUUUGAGUGGGCUCAUGAGGAUGCGCUGGUGAACCGGGUGCUGACACUUAUUGAGCCGAGUGGAGAUGACCACAAGCUGACACCAGCAUAUUUGCUUUGUCUAUGCAUCAAACACUCAGCUCAUACAUUUCCUCCUGGCAGCUUCGGUAAACUAUUGCUGAAAAUUGCUAAGAGGAUUCAGACAAUAGCAUGGGAGAAGACAAAGGAGUUGGCACAGAAGCAAGCUCAGCAUCAAGAUCCUGCCUCGCUGUCUCUGCUCAGCAUCUCAGACCUAGUACCUGAUCUCCAGUUCAUUUACUUCUGGAUGUCCAAUGCCAUUGAAAUACUGUAUUUUAUCCAGCAGAAAUCACCUGCGUACAUGCAGACUAUUGAGCUCAUGGAUGAUAAAGCGGGAUCUAAAGAAUCUCUCCUCUCAGCAACAAUAUCAGCAAAUGAAGAAGCUAUGACCAUACUAGAGGAAGUGAUCAUGUACACCUUUCAGCAGUGUGUUUACUACAUCACUAAGUCUUUGUACGUUGCGUUGCCCGGCCUGUUGGACUGUAACCCAUUUGGGACGGAGUCUUCAUCAGAGCAGUGCCGGCGGGCAGUUGGAGUGUGUGUGUGUGCCGUGUGUGUGAUGCCAGAGGCAGUUCGCAGGGUGGUGAGUGUGUUUCAGACUACAUCAGACCUGCUGCAACAGUACCAGGUUCAUUCAGAGAUUCAGAGUCAAAUGUUCGCCUACCUCUUCUUCUUCACCAACGUCUCACUCUUCAAUCAACUCAUCGAUAAAGGCCCCGCACGUGGCUGGUUUCAGCGUUCUCGGGUCCUGCAGAUCCAGGCUAGUGUGAAAAUGCUACUGGACUGGGCUAAAGGAGCAGGGCACAAUCAUCUCGCCCAGAAAUUAUUUGCCAAGUUCUGUAGUGCUGUGAGCAUCCUGGCUACACCCCCUCAACAGCUUUCACAGGUAACGCACUGAAGCUAGUGUGUGUCUCUGAAGCCUGUCCAGCUACAUAGAAUCCUCACACAGUACCAGCUCAUGGCUGAGCUGGGUCCUCUACCAAUCUGGCAACCCAGCAGUGAAGAUGAGGCAUAUAUCUACAGAACAGUUGAUCUAGUGGAGAGUUUUGAGAACCACCCUCCUAUUGUGCUGCCGAGUGCUGGAUUCAAGGUGGACCUGGAGAGUGACAGUGUAGAGGACAGUAUAUACCGCCAACUACUUUACGUUCGUCACUUCCUUUGGGGUCUUCGUACCAAGACCCAUUCUUCUAAUGGCUGUGCAGACCGUCAGGAUGCUCAGCGUGAGCCUCCUCAGCCUCACUCCAGUCCACAUCCAGCACCUCCUUUGCGUGGGGAGGGAGAGGGGGAGGUGCGGGGCUCCUCCGCGGGUAUCGGAGGAAGAGGAGAGGGAGCUGGAGCUGAGGAACGACCCAGAGACAAGCCGCCGCAUAGCAAGGGUGAGGGGGAGGUGCGGGGCUCCUCAGCGGGUCUCGGAGGAAGAGGAGAGGGAGCGGGAGCUGAGGAACGACCACGAGACAAGCUGCCACAUAGCAUUCAUUACAGAAACGGGACCAGCAUCCGUUACGCCAACCAAACCCAAGCGACAGACUCUUCUUGUAUACUGACUCCACCUAAUACGCCCCUCUAUCCGGAACACAUGUAUAUACACUCCAACACACAGUCCAAUCCUGCCCACUACCCUGAGUAUGCUUCACAAGAGCACACACAUACACAUUCUCACACAAAGUCCAAUGGUUGCAUGCGUUCUACUCCAGAGCACAAGAAAAUCAAUGGCUUCGUCAGCAAUGGCAUUGAAGGCCCUUUGAGUGGUUGUGGUUUUCCUUUCCCUGUCCCUGUCUCUCGUCUGGCCCCAAACUCUGAUGAUAUCUGUUCCGUCUUUGUAGUGGACCUGGAUAAAGGACCUUACGGCCUGGGAAUGGGACUUAUCGAUGGACUUCACACCCCUCUGAACUCUCCUGGAAUCUACAUCAGGACACUGAUUCCAGAUGGACCAGCUGCUGCAGAUGGGCGACUUUGCAUUGGUGACAGAAUCCUGGCAGUGAAUGGGACCAGUCUCAUUGGGGCAGACUACCAGAGUGCUGUCGAUUUGAUUCGUCUGGGGGGAGGACGGCUCCGGUUUCUUGUCGCCACAUCAGAUCUUGAAGUAUCAGAGAAGAUCAGUGCGUCUUCCUGCUGAGGAGAGGCUGCAAGUGUAACCCUCUACCUAGACUAAAUAUGAGGAGGACAGCGAUUCCUCCUUUCCGAGACCGGAGAACAAGCACACUAUAGGACCUCUCAGUGACUACAGCUCUCUGUCUCAGCCCUGUGCAAUACUGCACUCUUUCUCAUUCAGAAUGACAGUAUGACAUCUCUGUCUUACUUUUCCUCUUAGCCAGACUGGUUUUGUUCCUUGAAUGUCAAGGAAUAUUGAAUAAGAAGGUAUUUGUUCACAUAAUCAGGCUGAUACUGUAAAAACAAAGUAAUAUUCACAUGAUAGCAGACAUGAAAUGGGGCGAAAGUGGGAUUUAAAGUUUUGCUCUUAAAUAGAAACCAAACAAUAGAAAGAAAAAAAAGACAUUUAAUGGCUUUGCUAAAAGGCACAAAUGAGUGUUUUUACAAAUAUCCUUCAUGGUUGAUAAAAAAAAGAUUUGAGAUUAAUCUCUUCCGAAA